AUGCUCAUCAUUCUCAGAGAUCUGCUGCGCCUGCACCCCACUCUCAAGCUGGUGCUUAUGAGUGCAACCCUUGAUGCCGGGCUGUUUGCAAACUAUUUCGGGGGCUGCCCCGUCAUCAACGUCCCUGGCUUCACAUAUCCGGUGCGAUCACUGUACCUGGAGGAUAUCCUUCGCAUCACAAAUUACGGCAACAAUUUCGCUAGUGGGGCUUUCAAUAAGGGAGCACUGCAAGCUAUGGAUGUCGAAAGGGAAGCAGCACAGGCCGACGUGCGUGUGGGAGGAGGGGGUGAGGGAGCAGGAGAGGGAGAGGGAGAAGGUGAGGAGCAAGGAGAGGAAGAGGUGGAGGAAGGGGAGGUGGGGGAAGACGACGAGGAGGAAGGGGAGGAAGUAGGCGGGGAGAAGGGAGAGGGAGCAGGCUCAGAGGGGGGAGAGGGAACAGCAGGGGUGAAUGGGGAGGAGGAGGAUGAGGUGGAGGAAGGGGAGGUGAUAGGUCUAACAGCAAAGGACGCAGCAGCCAUGGAUGAGGCGAUAAGACUCGCUUGGAUGUCGGAUGAUUUCGAUGAUCUGAUGGAGCUAGUGGUAUCAGGGCAUGAAGAGGCAAAGCUGCAGGGGAUGAUGAGUAGAAUGAUGAUGGCAGCAGCACAGAGCAGCGGUGGUGGCGGUGGUGACGGUGGUGGUGGUGAUGGUGACGGUGGUGAUGGUGUUGGUGGCAAGGGGAGAGCAGAGGAGGUGGAGAUGCUGCUGUCGCUGGGGGCUGAUGUGACUCUCACAUCAGACGAGGGCAGCACGGCGCUUGACUGGGCGCGCAUGUACGGCCAUGAGGCUGUGUGCCGGAUUCUUGAGAGACACAUGGAGGCGCUGGGCUUGGGAAUGCCGGAGGAGGGGGAGGAGGUUUUUGAGGCGCCUCAAAAACGACCUCAAUGCUCGCUGGGCUUGGGAGUGCUGGAGGAGGGGGGGGAGGUUGAGGAGGGAGAGGAAGGGGAGGAGAGGGGAAUGGAUGAUGGGGAGGGAAUGCAGGAAGAGAAGGGCGAGAGGCAGGGAGAGGUAUCCAAGGCCGACGCAACAACUGAUGCCGUUGCUGCUGCUGCUGCUGCUCCUGCUGCUGCUGCUGCUGGUGCUGCUGUGGCUGUGCCUGUGAGUGCAGAAGCAGCGAGGCUGGCAGCACAGGAGCAAGUGGCGCUCUCUUUAUACCAAGCGUCUGUGGAUCAUGAUGAGGUGGAUUUGGCCCUCAUCCACCUCCUGCUGACUAGGAUCUGCGUCAGCGCGGCAGAGCGGCCGGCAGCACUCACGAGCAGCAGCGCCUUUGCUUCCAGAAAAUCCCAACAGAUGGUGAAACAGGGAGAAGAGAAGGAGGGAGAGGAGGGGGAAGAGGAAGACGAGCUUCUAUCUCUCAUUCCGACUUACAGCAAGGAAGGCAGGGAGGGUGGAGGAGCAGGAGAGGCAGGAGGAGCAGCAGCAGGGGACGGGGGAGCAGGUCUGAACGGGCCAGACUGCGCUAUCCUCGUGUUUCUCCCGGGGUGGGAGGAAAUCUCCCGCCUGAGAGACCGGCUGCUGGGCUCCUCUGUGUUUGGAGACCCCACGCGGUUCCUGAUACUGCCGCUGCACUCGAAGAUUCCGAUGCCGGAUCAGCGGAAGGUGUUUGAGCGGCCGGGGCGGGGCGUGCGGAAGAUUGUGCUGACGACGAAUAUCGCGGAGACGGCGCUGACGAUCGAUGACAUUGUGUUUGUGGUUGAUUCCGGAAGGUUGAAGGAGAAGAGCUACGAUGCGCACACGAAUGUGUCUACCCUGCAGACGGCGCUGACGAUUGAUGACGUUGUGUUUGUGGUUGAUUCUGGAAGGUUGAAGGAGAAGAGCUACGACGCACACACCAACGUGUCUACCCUGCAGGUAGGUGGAAGGGGGCCAGGGAAAGGGGUGGUGGGUGGUUUGAUGGGGGGGUUGGCAGCUUUUCAGACGCCUCAAAAUGCUGCUAGGGAGGGGCGUGCGGAAGAUGGGGCUGCAGCUGUUGAAGCGCCCCUCAAAGGCCGGGGCGGGGGGUCUGUUGGGUCUCCAAAACCAUUGCGCGCCAGUGCCAGGGCAGAGCAAGGCGGUGCAAACCAGAGUUGUGCUUCCACCUCUUUUCACACCCAUAACCCUCUCCUCUCUCUUCCUUCUAACGCCCCCUCGCCCCCGCAGAUCAAGAUUCUCAACCCUUCACUGGAUAUCCCUCUCUUUCUCUCAAAAGCCCUCGAGCCCCCGGUCCCCGCCGCAAUCACCAACGCUGUCGCCCUCCUGCAAGACAUCGGUGCUCUCGACCCCCACCAGUCCCUCACGCCCCUCGGGGCCCACCUAGGCGCCCUCCCCCUCCACCCAGUCACCUCCAAAAUGCUCCUCCACUCGAUUCUCCUGGAUUGCCUUGGCCCGGCUCUUACUGUCGCUGCUGCCAGCACCUAUCGGGAUCCGUUCCAGAUGCCUAUAGGGCUUGAUCAGAAGCUUAAAGCCAUUGCUGCAAGGCACGCGUUGGGGAAUUCCCUGGGCGGGUAUGGGGAUCAUCUCGCACUCAUUGCUGCGUUUGAUGGGUGGGCUGAUGCGAAGGCGAGAGGGGGGGCUCGGGCUGCAGAUGGGUUUUGCCGGCGGAAUUUCUUGUCGCCAGGUGCGGAGGAUGAGGAGGGGGAGGAGGAGGAGGAGGGGCCAGUGGUGGUGCCGAAUCCCAAGAGUGCGAGGGAGAGGAGGCGGAAAUUGCAGGAGGAGGUCAUGAGCGAUCCUGGCCGUGAGAUCGUGAUCGUGAUCGAUCGAUGGCUGAGAUUCCGCACCACGGCCAUGCUGGCGGCUCAGCUGUUCUGCCUGAGGGAGAGGCUGGCCGCUUGCUUUGCCACCAAGGUCCAUGAUCCGAGGAAGCCGCUCCCUCCCCUCCAAGCACUGACGCUCUACACCAUCGCCUCCCUCCUCUCCUUCGAGAACUACUUGCUUCCACCUCCAGCCAGCGAAUCUGGACCCGCUGGUUCGGAAGAGGUGGUGGCUGGGGAGGAGGGAGGGGAGCAGGAAGGGGUGGUGGGCGGUUCAGUGCGAGGGGAAGGGGUAGGAGUGGAGUAG